AUGACCUGGAAAACAUUACUAUUCUCUUUCACUUUAUUAUUUGCUCUAGUGCUCGGAGCUACAGAUGAAGAGUGUGAAGCUGCUGCAUUUGCCUGGAUUCGGGGGUUCAUAUGGAGAACUGACACAAUAGUUGCACCUGUUAUUUUCUGGGGCGAUGAGAGUCUUGAUCAAUCAAUAGCUACUUAUGACAAAAUGAAUCGAAUCGUUGCCUUAUCUGUUGACCUGGAGACUGCUGAAGCUAAGUUCAGCUCGAUCGGAUUGGUCUUCAAUAAAAGUGCUCAUUACAGAGCCAUGGCUGCUGUUGCUAAUGUUAACACAGAAUGUGGAACCCCAAAUCAUGAGGUCAAUCUUGAAUAUGUUCACAACAAUCUGGUCAACGAUGCUUAUCGUGUUGGAAUUGAUGAGGAUAAGAAAUCAGGAAUUCGUAGAGUUCCAGGUGCAAACGGUGUCUUUGUGAAGGGUUCCCAUUGA